AUGGUGCAAUUCCAUCAUGGUUAUUUGAUGCGAGAGAAGAUCACACGGUUGGACAUUGAAGGAAACGAUUUUACUCGGUAUAAAUGCCAUUAUAACUCCCAAUUACUGAUUGGAUUUCUUAUCUUUGAAAUCUUGCAAUCUUUCAAGGAGUAUACCUUUUUGUCUCUCUCCAACCAAACCAAUUUGGAUCACUUGGACUUGAGUGACAACGAGCUUACAGGAACCAUUCCUAUGUGGUUGGUCGGAAUGAAGAUUGGCUCUAUUACUUUUUCGGGUAAUGAUCUUGCUGGAUCUCUAUCCCCUCGUUUGUUUCAAUCGCGGAACUUAUGGUUCCUUUCAUUGUCAAGGAACUUUUUCACCGGGCAAUUACCGGAUAACAUAGAUGAAACUCCUAGAUUAAAUGUACUAAUUCCGUCCGAGAACAAUUUCUCCGGGUCAAUACCUCGAUCCAUCUUUAAUCUAUUUGACCUCGCGAGUUUGGAUUUGUCGUGCAAGGGAUUUUCAAGCAACAAGUUCCCAAAUCUUAGUCUAGCGUUAAUACCGAUUUAUGUUGAUUUAUCCUCCAAUAGACUUUCCGGUGAGAUUCCCUUAGAUAUUGCAAUGACAAUGCGAGUAUUUGUGUUGAGUCAAAAUGAGCUUUACGGAUUUUGUGCUAUUCCUCAAAACUCGAUAGAUUCUAGCGACCUUAUGUACCUUGAUCUCCAUAAUAACAAAAUAAUAGGUGAAAUCCUAGAGAUUCUUUUUCGCAUUUCUUCUCUUCAAGUUUUAAAUCUUAGAAAUAAUUCUCUCAAGGGGUCCAUUCCAACUCAUCUAUCAAAUCUUAGAAAUCUCCAAAUACUUCGUCUAACAACGAACUUAGUGGGAAAAUCCCAUCUCGGUUUAGGUAAUCUUACCGGAAUGAUUAACAAUCAUGCCACGGAUUCAAUUCUCUUCAUUUGGUUAUCGGAUCUUCAAGAGUUUUCGGCAUUGGAUGUCAUCUGGAAAAAAUUCAACCAAUAUCUCGUCAACCUAUAG